GAAUUCUGCCCCCGGCCCCGGGGGGUUCCUGGGGAUCUUCGGGGCUCUUGCCUGGGGCCCUUUUGGGGGUCCCCUCCCGGCGCUGCUGCUCCUGCGGAGACCCCAGCAGGGGCUGGGGGGAGCCGGGGGGGCCGCCUGCGGGGGGCUCUACGGUGGGCGCUCUUGCCUGGGGCCCUUUUGGGGGUCCCCUCCCGGCGCUGCUGCUCCUGCGGAGACCCCAGCAGGGGCUGGGGGGAGCCGGGGGGGCCGCCUGCGGGGGGCUCUACGCCCUGGGCUUGUGGAUCUUCCACGGUGCCACCACCCAGAGGAGCCUCUUCAGCCGCGACCCCCACGACCCCCGCGUGGCCGGUCUCCCCACGGUCCCCACGGCCACGGGGCAGGUGCUGCUGGCCGGGGGCUGGUGGGGGCUCGUGCGACGCCCCGAUGACCUCGGGGAGCUGCUGAUGGCCUUGGGCUGGACCCUUCCCUGUGGCCUGUCCCCGGCCCUGCUGCUGCUCCUGGCGGGGGCCGCGCUCCGCGAGCUCCGAGCGGUGGUGGGGGAGCGACGGCAGCGGCGCCGCUUUGGGGGGGCCUGGGGGGGCCUGUGCCAGCGCGUCCCCCACCGCCUGCUGCCCCUCGUCUACUGAGGACUCCUCUGAGAGCCCCCUGCGACCUACCAAGGGACCCCUUGGGACUCCCCACAUUGCCUAUGGAACCCUCUGGCCCCCCCAUCUACUGAGGCACCUUCGGGACCCCCCCCCAGCUCCCACCCCCCAUUUACUGACACUGCCGGGACCUCUCCAAUGGACUGAGGGACCCCCAGCAUCCCCCUGGGACCCCCCCAAGG